AUGAGCUCCAAGGAGAAAGAGAAACAUGGCCGUUCGGAACCAGUACGGAGAAACACACUUCAACGUAUGCUCGACUUGGAGAAGAGGACCAAGCUGCAACGCAUGCAAGCCUCGACACCAGUCAGUCAACCACUGCGUAAUAGCUUCUUUCGCGAAAGGCGUCCGAGCAAUCCUAAUGUAUAUACCAUUCCUGCUCCCGAAAAUCCUAUUCCAUCCAGACAAACGACACGAGCAAUGACUAUUCCAACUUUAUCUGUUGCGAUACCACCGACGCAAACCCCCGAAAAACCCAAGGCAAAACCCAAAAUAUUUAAGAAUGUAGUUGUAGUUGAGCCGACCAAAAAGAAGUCGGAAGUCGGCGCACAUGCAGACGAUUCUGAUGCAUCCUCAAUAUGUCGGUCGCCUGCUUGGGAUGGUGGUGAAGGCAAGCAAAAAAGAAUGGCAAAGAGAGAAGCUCAGGAUCUGCGCAAGAAGGAAGAGGAGCGGUUAAGGAAAGAGAAAGAAAAGGUCGAAAAGGAGACCCGAGCCGCGGUACAAAAACAAAAAGGUCGAUUGAGCAAGGCGCCUCCCACCAACAAGCGUCCAAGCAAGACCAUUCCCGCAAUUCCCAUGAGCCGAGCCAACACUGAGCCUUCAGUCCAAGUUACCCCAGAAAUAACACAACCGAGUCCUGACCCCGAUGAUGGUAGGCGAUCAAGACGAACUAGUUUGGAUCUUGGACUCAAGAAGCUUAUGUCUUCUUUCAGAUCCAGAUCUUCAAGCGCAUCUGCAACCCCACGAACCCAAUCCAUCCCCAGUUCUCCAACUUUGUCAGGAUUCAUGGGAGGUCUAAAAUUACAGCAAUCUAAUGAAAAUCCAGUCCAAGACGAAUCUCGGGACGGAAAAUCGUCAAACAAUAGAACCGUUGGUAACAGUAACAAACCCAGUCAGAGUCGACCACCCAUCUCACUUGAAAACUCUCGAUAUCGCACAUUAGACCUGUUGAGUUCUUCUGGAUCCAGCGCACCCGCUGUUGAACUACCAACAAAUUCUCAAAGUGAGGACUCAAAUAGUCUCCAUACUCUGCCUCAACCGGAAGCUAGUCAAAAGUCCUCGAGCGAUCAAGAACCAAUCAUGAGUAGAAACGUUCGAGCCCGAAAGCCCAGCGAGGAUAUCAAAUCACAUCAUAUUACCGAGUCAACAGUGAAUACCAAGGCCAAGCCUUCGCCGCAUGCCAUUGCCUCAUCUCCGGGAUUCAGAUUCGGCUUGGAAGAUACUCAGUCAUAUAAUGAAAAAAAACAGGAGCCUUUGUAUUUCAAGAAUUUUGACACUUCUCCUGAAAGUAUCAACCCCGAAAAUAACGAUUAUUUUCCUAAGCAAAAACGACACGGCAAAGAACGAGAUCUAAGGAGCUCAUCACACGAAAUCAAAUUGGACGCCGCUCCUAAAAAGGAAAUCAUGAGACGAACACCCUCAAUACAUAAUGGGCAUAGUCGCGUCAAGUCGGCUCAUGGAUCUAUAGGAAACUCGCCUCAGAUCAAUAUGGAAAUAUCGGAGAACGGAGAAGACUUUCGUACAUUUCUAGAUGGCGAAUAUGCACCUCCAAGUUUUAGGCUCACUGCGCAAUCAUCUCACAGCAGUAUCCAAGCAGAGGAGGGUAUGUUUUCUAGACGAGAUCUACAAAUGCCAUCUUACAGCCCGAGUCCAUUAUCGCCCACCUUCAAAGGUAUUAAUGAUGCUACAUCGAAUCUAUACCCUAAGCCUUUAUAUCUGACAAACUCGCCUUCUCUACAAACGUCUAGUCUGGACGAACCCCUCAAGAAGUUACGUCCAAAAUCCGCUCUUUCGCCACGUACCAAUGGCUUUGAUAGCAGGUCUGCACUGCCAAGUCAAUCUGGUCGGAGAAUAUCAGAACCAGAAUAUUUAUCUCCGACGACGUUGUCAUCUCCAAAAAUCAAGGCGACACCAAAGGAAAAACUGCCUCCGCAGAUGGGCAAUGCAACCUCAACUCCUCGUCGACAAAAGAAGGAUCGAAGAUCUAGUUCUAGAUCCUUCACUGGGUCAAGUGAAGAAUAUCUAAGCUUUGAUGAACAAUCCACUAUCACAACUCCGGCUGCUUCCAGACCACAAUCGCACAAGGGUCCUGUUGUAACUGGUCAUGAUACCGCAUCUCGACAAAAUCACAAAGUCCAGGAUCCUUGGAACCAGACCCCCCUUCCAAUUAGGCUGAAGGACGAAGAUGGCAAUACAAUUCCUUCAAGUGGUCAAGGCGCUCCCACAGCCCAGUCUAGAAAAUUGCAUUCCUCUUUAGCUUCUGCGGAUCCCAAUACAGAAGCGGGAGUUGCAGAUCUUCAACGGAGACUCAGUCUGAGUAAAUCUUCUUCAACCACUGCCCUGCAAAAUUCUUUGAAUUUCCUACCAGAGCUCAAGCACCAACCGUUACGUCCACGUCAGGGUCAAAGUAAACGACAAACCAGUGAGGGAAACAAUGUGUCUGGAAAUGGAAACGGCAAUUUAGAAAAGGGAAGACGAGAAUCUACAUCUGCAUCUGCGUAUGCACAGUACAACAAUUCCAAAAACUCAAUCAUGUCGUCGCCUGUUCCUAACGGAGGUGAAAGUUCCAAUUCGAAUGGAAAUUCCAGCUCGUCGGAAAAAGACCUCAACACCGGUAGUAGCCAAUACCUUCGUUCGGCCCGUCUUGCCAUUCCACCGAAAAAUGGUCUUCGCUCUUCCGCGCAUCAGCAUUCCGCAGCAACCUCGGCUCAGAGUCUUCACAGCAAUGGGCAAGGCGGCAUGGAACCCAUGGCGAAAAUGUUUGUUAUCUGUUGUGGAUGCAACUAUUUCCAUGAUUUGCCGAGUAAAUUGUAUGAGUGUAUGGCUAAGCCUGAAGCGGUGGUUAAAGAUGAGGGCUUAGGGGUUAGUGGGGUGGUUAGUACGAGGGUUAGUUGUCCUUGGUGUGGACAUGGAAUGUCUACGAGGUGUUGCCAGGGAUGGGCGGCGGUGGUGGUUUUGAAGGAGAGGAUGCAUUAG